UUAACCACAAACUAUUGUAGAUGCGCAGUAAGAAGAUUGUCAUCAUAUAUGUAGAUUAGUAGACUUUCAUCACAGAAACGGGACAUUUCUUUUUAUUAUCAUUAUGUUAGGGGUCUUUUCCGGACGCUUCGCUGUUUUUAUGUCUUUCUUUUUCAUUGGUGAUAUCAUUUCGCUUAAUGUGAAUUUGUAUUUUGAGAAAAAUGAUAAAUUCAAAGAUCUACUGCCGAUUACUGGUGAUGAUAACUACAUCUACACAAAGAAUGACCUGAGUUUGUUCGAGUGUGCUGGAAGCUGUAAAUUUUGUGCCGGAUUUCUGUAUAACAGUGGGUCAAAAACUUGUCAUCUUCUGAAAAGUCUUCUCAACGAGACAAGUUUUAACAGAGAUCAUGUGGAUAUUGGAUGGGAGCUUUAUGAAAGUUUGAAUGUUUGCGGUUCGGGAUGGCAUCUUUACAACACUCAUUGUUAUACGUACUUGGACUUGAAAAUAACAUGGGCAGACGCAAAGGAAAGCUGUGCCAGCAUCGGUGCAUACCUUGUUCAAAUAGACACAAUGGAUGAAAACAAAUGGAUAAAAGAAACAUUACAACCAGCAUUGAAUAGCUCCAGUAAGCUUCAAACUUGCAGCCAUAGGUUUUGUUGUGAUGCGUGGAUCGGGGCCAGUGACCAAGUUAAGGAGGGUAAUUUCCAGUGGACAAACAAAGAAAAUGUGGUAUUCUCCAACUGGAUGGCAAAAUGGGGGCAACCCGACAACUACCUCGACGAGGACUGUGUUGCUGUCUGUCUCAAUGGUCAAUGGAAUGAUCAUCGUUGUUCUUACCUUUUAAAUACUAUCUGUGAAAAGACAGUUAGUUAAUCAUGAUUUUAAAUAACCCUCUGUUAAUUGUUGUUGACUAAAUUUCUUCUAUUAUUACCGGCCGUAAAAAAAAACUUUCUUUGAAAAUUACUCACUUUGA